UAAAGCGCCAUUUUGUGCUGGGCGCAGGACAUCGAUCGCUGCUCACACCCGGCGGGCGCCCCGGCGGCGGCCGGAGCCUGCCUUCGGUGCUGCCUCCGCUCUGCCUUCUCGGCGUCUGUCCCGCCACCCCGUCCCGCUGCCUCCAUGACCCGCAGUAGGAAGCAGGCGGCGCUGGAGAGAGGAGCCGGGAAGAUGAACACAGAGGCGGGGAGCGCCGCGGCGGCGGCCGCGGGAGCCCGGGCGGCGACGCCGGCAGGGGCAGCCGGCGGCGAACCGGCGGCCGCCGCCUGGGGGCUGGAGGGGGAGGCAGAGAAAGUUGUGUACUCGCGCUCGCAGGUCUCCUUCGCCGGCACCAAGGCGCUGGGCGACGCCCUCAGGCUCUUCAUGCCCAAGUCCACGGAGUUCAUGAGCUCCGACUCGGAGCUGUGGAACUUCCUCUGCAGCCUCAAGCACGAGUUCUCCCCGGUCAUCCUCCGCAGCAAGGACGUCUACGGAUACUCCUCCUGCCGCGCCGUCGUCCCCGACCCGCCGCCGCCCUCGGAGCGGCCCCGCCGCCGCGCCGGCAAGCGGCGCCUCCCGGCCGCCGACGCCAAGCGCCGGGCCGGGGCGGCGGGCGGCAGCGCCAAGCGGCGGCGGCGGCGGCGGCGCCGCAGGAGGGAGCGGGGCAGGCAGCGGCCCGCGGCCGGUGGCCCUCGCGCCCAGGAGGAGGAGGCGGCGGCGGAGGCGCCUGAGCCGCCGGGCCAGCAGGCGGACAGCGAGCAGGGCAGCCCGGCGGCGGCCGCCUGGGAGCCGUUCGGCGGCAAGUCACUGGAGGAGAUCUGGAAGGCGGCCACCCCUCGCCUCACCACGUUCCCCACCAUCCGUGUGCGGGGCAGCAUGUGGAGCCGGCGGAGCCUGGCGGCGGCGCGGCGGCGGGCGCAGCGGAUCCUCGGCGUGGACCUGUCCCCCGUGGUGCGGGUGCGCCGCUUCCCCGUGGCACCGUCCUGAGCCCGCGGGGGCUCCGCUCCCCGCGCCUCACCUUGGCCGCGGUGCGGACAAAGAGACCGGUAUCAGUCACCUGUUUACAUUGCUUUUGUCUGGAUCGUGUUCUGCUGCUGCACUUUAUGGGCCGCUCGGGCGGCGCCGGGCCCCCCGCCGCACGGGGGGCGGCCUGCCGGGCCCCGGCCUCGCCCCGGGCUGGGGCCGCCUGACAGGUAUCACGCGUGGGGACCAAGUUCCACUUCCACUUUUUUUUCUCUCCCAUUGGGCUACCUCACUGGUCCAGAAGUCCACCCAAGAAGUUAUUUUCCAAAGGAACUUACUUUCAUGCUUGUAUAAUAAAGCACCAUCUGAUUCUUGCUAUUUUUUUUUUCCUUUUCCCCCUUCCCCUUUUCCGAUGGAUUAUGUAUGCUUUGUGGUGUUGCACUAGUAUGUGCUCAGGGUAUUUUGAAUCCCAAGCAUUCCCAAGUUUCAGUUUACUCUGAUAAAGGAUGCGUAAAGAAUGGAGGUUCAGGACUUGUGGCUGUUCUUGAUGGUGCAAAAACUUUUUAAAUUUUAAUUUCAUGAGUUUAGUGAUAUAUAAAGAUGUAUCGCGCAGUAUAAUUGUUACACUUUUGUAUCUAAAGUCAUUUUUAAAGUUUUCUAGUUGAACUAAGUAUUUGUUUCUAUGGAGCACCUAAAGAUAGAAUCAUCCUGAUAUUUUAUAACCCUGUUUGCUUUAGGGAAGCUCAUUUGGUCAACCUAAGUGAACUUAAUAAAAGUGAAAGAACAAAUGGUGUUUCAGUUCAAUGAAACUGCACAGGGAUGGGUUCCUGGUGAAGUACAGCACCGCUGAGGCACUCUGUGUCAGUGAGCUCUGGCUUUGAGAGGAAUGUAGCUGCUUAUCAAAGCAAUAUCUUGGUGUCUGGAGGUGUACUAUGAUCCAGCAUUGGUACUGACAGCCAUAAGUGAGAAGCUUGCAUGACACAAAUAUGUCACUGAAGUGCCUCUCUCUGCAGAAAGAGUAAGACUCAAUAUCUGGUCACUCGAUAACAAACUAACACUCAUCCUGUGGUUGUGAGAUGGUUAAUAAUGGGUAAUGGUGUUUAAUGUAAUUACUUGCACAUAAUUAUUUUUAUAAACCUUUCAUGGGUUCCACAGUAGACUGAUGAAAAAUUCAUUAUGUAGCUUGAUUAUUUUGACUGAAAAAUAACAUGUAGUCAUUAUAUAUGAUAGGCAGUCUCUCUUUAAGCUGAUUUAUUAAAGGUUUUUUUAGCUCUUAUGUUUUGCAGUUGGUGUGUGAGGAGCAAAGAUGUGUGUGUGUGAGGGAGAAAGUGGUUGAUUAUUCUCUUUUUACGUUCAUUUUUUUAUGCUUGCAAGAGGGUUAAGAAAUGCUGGAUAAUGCACAGCUUAUGUUCCAACUAUCCUGGCAGAUGGGACUAACCAGUUCUCAUGGUGGAAUGAACAACCUUACAACUUGCUUAUUGAACAAUUUGGUGAUUUAAAAUUUCUGAUGUCUUUUGACUCCUUGUUGCUUGCCUUCAACAAAGGCAGUAAGACAUCUUGAUGGUGUAGGGGCUGCUUGUAAAAACUUGCCAGUGUUAACGUAAAGCAGACAGCUUCUUCUGAAAACCUGUAUAUUUUGUUGGUUUUUUUCUUACUUAGUGAAACUGCAAACUCCUUAUUCUUCCAAACUAAUGCUUAAUCUAUUCUACAUCCAUUUGGCUUUUGAAAUUGUUUACAUAACGUUAGACUGUCUGCCGAUGGCUGCAGUAGUGCCACGUUGCAUUUCAGAAGUGAAUUAAAUGAAAGUUCAAGGGUGCAUGUUGUUGUGCUGUUCCUCUGGGUAUAAUACCUGCUUAACUGUAAAAGCAAAAUUGGGUUGAUUUAAAACCCAGUAAGGCAGGCUGCAGAGUUACCAGGUGCUGAUGCUCCAGGUAUUUCAAUUUUGAAAUUCUACUGCAGAUACACAAGAGUAUCAUUACUGGUUCUUAAAGUGUCCAGGUGAUUUCAGUGCUCCUGUCAGGUUGAGGGUUCUUUAGUAUUAUUUUCAACUCUGUAGAAAGAUGAUAAAAUUAAGUAUCUGGCUUGUGCAGAUUCUUAACUGCUAAACAGGCACAGGACAGGCUAGGUCAGAUUUCAAGGGUGAGAGUUAAGGCUGCCAGAGGUAUGAUGUGGGAGAUACUGUA